GAAGUAACAAAAAUAAACUAAUGUGCCAGACGGCAACAACAAAUAGAUAAGAGUGCGAAGAACAUGGUAAGCAAAUCGCCUGUCACAUGAAAAGAAGAACGAUUACGGUCUGUUUCAGAUCCUGGUGCUAAGCACGUAGACCACGCCUUCCGGCUAACGACGAGCCAUUUGUCUCAAGCAGAAAAAGUACCAUUCUCACUUUGACCGCGUAACUGAAAGGUUUCAGAGAAGAUUUCGUCAGUGACUUUGAAGUUUAAAAUGGAAAUCGUUUGGUCAGCCAUCGUUUUGACUCUUUUACCCUGGGUAGGGUCCUUCGCCGGUGGUUCCAUUACGCGAAAGUACAUCAAAACUUGGUACGAUAAGGACAUCAAGAAACCUAGUUGGCGUCCUCCUAAUUUGGCAUUUCCUAUUGUUUGGACAUAUCUUUAUCUAACGAUGGGUUAUGCUUCCUACUUGGUCUGGCGUGAUGGCGGUGAAACCUUGGAUGGCCCUGCCAGGUUGCCGCUGAUGCUCUUCGCCCUUCAACUCGUUCUCAACUGGGCUUGGUCUUACAUCUUUUUCUACUUUCACAACUUGAAAUUGGCAUUUUAUGAGAUCAUCGUUAUGCACGUCACCAUCGCUUCUUGUGUCUAUACUUUUAAAUCCGUCAACGAAACAGCUUCUUAUUUGAUGAUGCCAUACCUGGCAUGGGUCAGCUUUGCUUGUCUACUUACCUAUACGAUUUGGAGAAUGAACCCACCCAACAACGGCAAGCCGUCAAACAAGAAGAAAAAGUAAAAGACAACCGUUUAGUGGGAUUAUGUUCCAUCCAUCCUACAUUCCAACGUUGUCAAAGCGGACGGGUCCCCAAAGAAAAAGGGGGGAAAUUCCAUUAAUCCCACGAAUUUUCUUAAUACAUGCAUAUCUCGAAGAAAA